AUGCUCGUCCAUGCCGUCGCAUCCGCGGCCCUCGCCAGCCUCGCAACCGCGCAGCAGCAGCACAACUACGCGUACCCGCCCAUCCCCUGCGGAGCUCGCUCGCUGCCCGACUGCCCUGCAGACGCCUUCUGCGUUCCCGACCAGCCUGGUUCGGGUUCGUGCGCCUUUCGCAACACUUACCAGCCCUGUGGCGGCUUCACGAUGGAGCCGAGCCUGUGCGGACGGCCCGCCGACGUGUGCGUCGACGACCCGCGUACCCCCGAGAGCUGCGGCAUGGCCUGCGAUGCCCCCGGGAUCUGCCUGGCGCCCGAGCUGUCGGAGUGCGAGGGUGACCAGGAUUGCCCCGAGGGCCUGUGGUGCUACGUGUGGGAGAAGAAGGGGUGCAAGGAUGAUGACUGCAGCAAGGUGUGCCUUUGA